AUGGUGGAGAACCACACCACCGUGCCCAGAUUCAUCCUGCUGGGGCUCACAGACCGGGCAGACCAGAAACAGUUCCUCUUUGCCACCUUCCUGCUGAUCUACUUGGUGACUCUGGUGGGCAACCUGGGCCUCAUCGAUGUCAUCCGGGCCAGCACCAGCCUCCACACCCCCAUGUACUUCCUCCUGAGCGUGCUCUCCUUCCUUGACGUCUGCAAUUCCUCCUUGUUCACCCCUAGGCUGCUGAUCAGCUUUCUCACCACUGACCAGUCCAUCUCCUUCGAGGGCUGUGUGGUCCAGAUGGCCCUCAUGACCCUCCAUGGCUCCGGGGAGUGUGUGCUCUUGUCCAUCAUGGCCUAUGACCGAUUUGUGGCCAUCUGCCACCCUCUUCUCUACCACAGCAUCAUGUCCAAGCGUUUGUGUGUCCAGCUGGUGGGGCUCACCUAUGCUGUGGGGAUAUUCAUUUCAGCAGUGCAGACAGGGAAUGUCUUCAGCUUGCCCUACUGUGGUCCAAACGUCAUUGAUCAUUACUUCUGUGACAUCCCCCCUGUGCUCCAUCUGGCCUUCAUCUUGGUCUCUUAUGCCUACAUCCUGGUCACCAUCUGUGGGAUGAGGUCCCUGGAGGCCCAGCGCAAGGCCUUCUCCACCUGCGCCUCCCACCUCACCGCCCUCUGCCUUUUCUACGGGUCUGUGUUCCUUGUGUAUGUCCAACCCAACCCGGAAAGUGUUUCAGCCUACAACAAGAUCUUUUCUGUGUUCUACACCAUCGUGAUCCCCAUGCUGAACCCGCUGGUCUACAGCCUAAGGAAUAAAGACGUCAAGGCUGCUCACGGGAGUUGGGCUCAGACGUUCACCCCGGAUGUGGGAGGCCGCCCUGGCCGCUCCGUCCCCGGGAGCUCACAGUCCUCCGUCUCAGAAGCCCACCCUGCGGCCACCGUGCUGUGGGCCAGCGCCCCACGGGAAGGCUCUGAGCCCCCGACACUGGGUCAGGCCGGGGCCUGGCAGGACAGCGCAGCUGCCGGCUUCGUGCGGCUGAGGCAGUGA